AUGUCUCAACACCUGGAAUCAGUGAAGAACUUGCUUGUUUUCUUGGGAAAAUCACUGUUGAGUGUUUUGGAGGCCCUACUUUUUCAUAUCAUCUCAAAACCACGGAAGAACGUUGCCGGUGAGAUAGUGCUCAUAACAGGUGCUGGGAGUGGACUCGGAAGGCUCUUAGCAUUGCAGUUUGCCCGCCUGGGAGCAGUGCUUGUUCUCUGGGAUGUGAAUAAGGAGUCAAAUGAUGAGACUCAUCAGUUAGCUCGGGAAGCAGGAGCUGCCAGGGUACAUGCCUACACCUGUGACUGCAGCCGGAGGGAAGAAGUGUACAGAGUGGCUGACCAGGUUAAGAAUGAAGUUGGUGAUGUCUCUAUCCUCAUCAACAAUGCUGGCAUUGUAACAGGCAGAAAUUUCCUUGACUGCCCAGAUGACCUCAUGGAAAAGUCAUUUGAUGUCAAUUUCAAAGCACAUUUAUGGAUGUAUAAAGCCUUCCUGCCAGCCAUGAUUGCUAACAACCAUGGCCAUUUGGUUUGCAUUUCAAGUUCAGCUGGAUUAAUUGGAGUAAAUGGGCUCCAGGACCUUUGCUCAGUUAAAUUCGCAGCCCUUGGAUUUGCAGAAUCUAUGUUUAUCGAAACACUUGCCAAGAAACAAUGGGGGAUCAAAACUACAAUUGUGUGCCCAUUCUUUAUAAAAACUGGAAUGUUUGAAGGUUGCACUACUAAGUGUCCUACUCUGUUACCGAUUCUGGAUCCAGAAUAUGCAGUUAGGAAAAUCAUAGAUGCCAUUCUCCAGGAGCAGCUCUACUUGUAUAUGCCCAAGUUUUUAUACUUCAUGGUGUUUCUAAAAAGCAUCUUGCCAAUCAAGACAGGAAUACUUAUAGCUGACUACCUGGGAGUCUUUCAUAUGACAGAGGGCUUCACUGGCCAAAAGAAGAAAACUUAAUGAUAAGUUCCAUGCCCUGUGUUGUC